AAAUAAUGACGCGCGUUUCUUGCAGGAAGUGUGCUAUUGUUAUUGUUGAAGGGACCAUGUUCGUCUUUAUCUAGACCAGCGAGCUAUCUCGGUGUUAAACGAAAACGUCCUCAUGAUGAACUAUGAAGGACUGGACCCUGGCUUGGGCGACUACCCGCCCGGGUUGCACGGAAGCCUCGAACCAGGUCUCGAACCUGCCCUGGACCCUAGGCUUGACCCUGCGCUGUUACAGGAGCUGGACCCAGAUGGGCUCCCCGUGACCGACGUGCAUCUUCUGGAGGGAUUGUUUUCCGAGCUGCAUAGCGUUGCUGCGGAAGUUGGCAUUCCCGUCACAGCGACCCACUUCGAUGUGCAGGAGGAGCUCCUGUGGAUGGGAAACCACCGAGGACAUGCCAGUUCCUUUUUUGGCCCUACAAUGGACCGUUACUCCUCAUUCCAAGUCCACCUGACUGACGACGUCCGUCACAUCCAGACCAUGGAGACGGGUGUUCUGUUCCUCACCAAGAAUAACCUCAAGUGCCACACACGCGGAGGGCUCGUCAUGUUUGAUUACCCUAUGGAGGAGGGUGCUGACAUGCACAGUCUGCUGCUGACGGAGGACAACACCUUACUGAUGGGAGGCCUGCAGAACUACGUGAUGGAGCUGGACCUGGGCACUGUGCAGGAGACACAGAAAUUCGACAUGGAAGUCCCGGGGGUGGCCAUCAUGAGGCACUCCAACCGUUUCCUGUUCUGUGGACACACGUCUGGUAAGGUCUCGCUGCGUGACCCGCGCACCCUGAAGGUGGAGCAGGAGUUUGACGCCUUCUCUGGCAGCCUGUCGGACUUCGACGUGCACGGCAACCUGCUGGCGGCGUGCGGCUUCUCCAGCCGCGGCCUGAACGGCCUGGCCUGCGACCGCUUCCUCAUGGUCUACGACCUGCGCAUGAUGCGCGCCGUCACGCCCCUGCAGGUGCACGUGGACCCGCUCUUCCUCAGGUUCAUCCCCACUUACACCUCCCGCCUGGCCAUCAUCUCGCAGAGCGGCCAGUGUCAGUUCUGUGAGCCGACGGGUCUGGCCAAUCUGGCUGACGUCUUCCACGUCAACACGGUGGGCCAGCUGCUGAUGAGCUUUGACGUGUCGUCCAGUAAGCAGGCGCUCUCCUUCGGGGACUCGGGCGGCUGCCUGCACCUGUGGUCCAGCGCACCCGAGGUUUCCUACAAUGGCUACUCCCGUGAGACAGAGUUUGCGCUGCCCUGCCUGGUGGACUCGCUGCCGCAGCUGGACUGGGGCCACGAGCUGAUGCCGCUCUCCCUCAUCCCCACACCGCUCACCACCACAGAGUCCCUGGUAUCCGACUGGCCCUCCGCGCUCGCCUCACCCAGCCCCAGGCGUGCACCUCCUGUGGAUCCAGAAAUUCUGCGCACCAUGAAAACAGUGGGCUUUAUUGGUUACGCCCCUAAUCCGCGCACACACCCCCGAAAUCAGGUGCCCUAUAAGAUCAAAGAGGUGGAGCUAGAGUAUGACAGUUACAACCAAGUACCAGAGUCCCCUAUUGGUCGAGAUGAGGAGCCACACCUCUACAUGGUCCCAAAGAAAUAUCGCAAGGUUACCAUCAAAUACUCUAAACUUGGGCUGGAGGACUUUGACUUCAAGCAUUACAACAGGACGCUCUUCGCUGGCCUGGAGCCCCAUAUCCCCAACGCCUACUGCAACAGUAUGAUCCAGGUGCUGUACUUCCUGGAGCCGAUCCGUUGCCUGGUGCAGAACCACCUGUGCCAGAAGGAGUUCUGCCUGGCCUGCGAGCUGGGCUUCCUCUUCCACAUGCUGGACCUCUCCAGAGGAGACCCCUGCCAGGCCAGUAACUUCCUGCGUGCGUUCCGCACCAUCCCGGAGGCGUCGGCGCUGGGCCUGAUCCUGGCCGACUCGGACGAGCAGACGGGGAAGGCCCGUCUGGGCCGCCUCAUCCAGAGCUGGAACCGCUUCAUCCUCACCCAGCUGCACCAGGAGACGCAGGAGCAGGAGGGGCCCCAGGCUUACCGCGGAGCCAGCAGCAAUACCCUGGGUUCAUCAGCGGAGUCUGUUAUCGGCCGGCUGUUUGGCUGUGAGGUGGAGAACAGUAGCCUGUGUCGGUGUGGCAAGGAGACGGUGCGCGCCUCUCUCACGCUGCUCUUCACUCUGCACUACCCCGAGCACAACCCCACCGAUAAAACGCCCAAAGAGCAUGACUUUGCAGAUAUCCUGAAGAAGAGCAUUUGUCUGGAGCAGAGCACACAGGCCUGGUGUGACAACUGUGAGAAGUACCAGCCUACAGUGCAGACGCGGAACAUCCGCUGCCUGCCUGACGUGCUGGUCAUCAAUUGUGAGGUGAACAGCGUGAAGGAGGUGGAGUUCUGGAAGAUACAGGCGGAGUAUGCGUUCAACAAGGCCCUGAAGAAAGAAGCCGCGGAGCCACCAAAGCCCAAGCCUGAGCCGCUCCCAACAGAGUGGUGCAUAGAAAAUGAUGGAAACCCUGCAGAAGCCCUGACCUUUGACACGCGGGCCGAGGACCUGCAGCACGUGUGGAUCCCCCUGAGCCUCAAGAUGUCCAUCAGCAAGGCACAGGGCCUGGAGGUCAGCAGCUGGCCCGAGGGAGACGAGCUGAGUGCUGCAGAGGAAGCGGAGGGGGCUGCUAUAUACGACCUGGUGGUGACCGUCUCACAUGUACUGGACGCCCGCACUGGCGGCAACCUUGUGGCUCAUGUUAAAGUAGGAGAGACCUACCACCAGAGGAAGGAGGGUGUGACACAUCAGCAGUGGUAUCUGUUCAAUGACUUCCUCAUCGAACCCAUUGACAAGACUGAGUCUGCCCAAUUUGAUGUGAACUGGAAGGUUCCAGCAAUUCUCUACUAUGCCAAGAGGAACUACCACUCCAGAUAUGACCUGCGCAUUAAAAACCCCAUAGAGGCCAGUGUUCUGCUGACGGAAGCCUCUCUGGCGCGUAAACAGAGGAAGAGCCACGCCACCUUCAUCCCCCUGAUGGUCAGCGAGAUGCCCCAGGCCGGGGACCUGGUGGGACUUGAUGCAGAGUUUGUCACGCUCAAUCAGGAGGAGGCGGAGCUGCGCAGCGAUGGCACCAAGUCCACCAUUAAGCCCAGCCAGAUGUCUGUGGCCCGCAUCACCUGCGUCCGGGGCCAGGGGCCCAACGAGAGAGUGCCCUUCAUAGACGACUACAUCUCCACACAAGAGCAGGUUGUGGACUACCUUACGCAGUACUCUGGAAUCAAGCCUGGCGAUCUAGAUGCGAAGAUAUCCUCCAAGCACUUGACGACUCUAAAAUCCACCUACCUCAAGCUGCGCUUCCUCAUCGACACAGGGGUUCGCUUCGUAGGCCAUGGUCUACAGAAGGACUUCCGCGUCAUCAACUUAUUGGUCCCAAAAGACCAAGUGAUCGACACAGUGUACCUCUUCCAUAUGCCACGCAAAAGGAUGAUCUCUCUACGUUUCCUUGCCUGGUACUUUUUAGAUUUAAAUAUCCAGGGCGAAACGCACGACAGUAUUGAAGAUGCCCGCACAGCCCUGCAGCUUUACCGGAAGCACUUGGAGCUGGGUCGAGGGGGUAAAGACGAUGUGCGGAAAGCUCUUAAGGAGCUGUACGAGAAGGGGCGCAAGCUGGACUGGAAAGUUCCAGAAGCUGAUCCUACAGAGAGCCAAGGUUCCACAGUCUACUCGUCUGUGAUGGAGCUGUAGAAACCAAGACACUGCUCUCCAGUGGACGUUUUGUGUGAAAAAAAAAGAAUGUACAUUAUGGAUUCAUAUUUUUGAAAUGAUGCCAUUUUGUUUUUUGUACUUUGAAAUGCCACCAAAGCACCAAAUCACUGGAUGUGAGAAACGUCAUGUUGCAUUGUAGCAUCAUGUUAGAGUGAGCUGCCUGACAACCUUGUACAGUACACAGUAUGGAGGACCUGUAGAAGAACUCUGAAGUAUCAUGGACUCGCAUGACCACUAUCAUGGCAAUUAUUUUUAUUGCAAGUUAUUGUGUACUACUUGUUAAUGUUAAUUGUUCUGUACGCUUUCUAAUGGUUUUGUUAUUAAAAAACAAAAACUUUAAAGUUGAAAAUUGC